AAACAGACUAUUAAUGACUAUUAAAGGGAAGACGACUAUUAGAGAGAAGUAAUAAUAAUUACUGUACGUACCAGAUUAUUAAAGAAAAACUUAUUCUUUCACUGUCAUGUGCAACAUCUGACAGCAAGACACCUUAACAUUCAUUUUUGCUUUUAAACUUAUGCCCAGUUAAAUUUUUAGGAAGACAUCUGAUGUGUAGUUUAGGUAUUUGAUUGAUUUCCACUCCAGACGGAGUGCAGGUUACAUCUACAGACAUUCUAAAUAAUCCCUCUUUUGUUGGUGUUAACUUCAGCUCAGCUGUGCUCUUAUCAUUGGCUGCUGAGGGGGGGCUGUAACUGAGGCCCUCACACAGGCUGCAUCACAGCUUGUUUAUGAUUUCACACACACUCAAACUGACCUCAACUUCCCUCUUUUGGGAUGAACACAGGUCUGCGCUUGCGAUUUCUUUUACUAACGAACAAAAAGGUUUUUGAUGUUUAUUCUACAGCUCCACACGUCCCUCUGUGAAAACAUGAUGGAGACAGAUGCAGGACGUGGGUCCUUUCAUGAACAGAUGUCAACGGGGUGGAGACUGGUGAACGACUUCUGACCCCAUGUGACGUAUUCACCUACUUUGCAUACUUUUAGAAAACUUCUUUUUAUUCUGCCGUCAUGUGCAGCAAACAGUAAACUGGGUACCUCCACAUUCUAAUGACACACUACAUGUUUUUAUUUUCAUUUUUCAGAGGACGCUCUGACCCAACACUCAGCCUUACAGGAAGCCCUGCUUCCCUGUGGCUCACACACAGACAUGAUGUAGGUUUGAUCAGAGGAUGUGAACCAGUGGUCAUCACACCUAAAUUUGACCACAGACCAUGUAAACAACAACACCCUCUGAAAGGAAGCCAUAGACAGCGUUACUGCAGACACCACUAAUCUACUGAAUCAUUGGAUGCUACAGGCCACAAAGAGAGCCUGUCUAAAUUACAGUUUGUUCAGACAAAGGUUAUUUUCUGGGUCAUUGUAAUUACAGCUGAUGGCAAAUCCAUCUCACCCAACAGAGUUAAAGCAAUUUGAAACCUGCCUAAACCGUGCACGUAAAAACAGCUGAUGUUUUUUCUAGGUCUUUGUUCUUAUUGUAGGACCUUCAGUCCUAACUUUACUGUCUUUGAGGCCCCACUCAGGGUUCUGAUGCAGACAUCUUCAUCGUCCACUUCUUGUCUCACGUGGACGUCUGAGGCUGAACAGGCGUUCACCGACCUCAAACUUGCUCUUCAGUCGGCUCCUACUUUGGGUCUACCUGACCCUAUGCGACCUUUCACCCAAACAGUGGAUGAGAAAUCAGGUUGUAUGACCUCUGUCCUUUUACAGGAUCACGGAGGACGUCCGCGCCCUGUAGCCUAUUUCUCUGCUAAGCUUGACCCAGUCGCUGCGGGGCUCCCGAUGCCUCCGAGCAGUGGCUGCGGCAGAGAAAGCCGUGCUGGCAUCACGUGACAUUGUUGGCUAUUCUGGUGUCACCCUGCUGGUUCCUCAUGCCGUGUCUUUGAUCCUUUUGGAACAAAAAACAUCACAUCUUUCUACAGCCCGAUGGCUUAGAUACAACACCAUCUUACUGGAAAUGCCAAACAUUACUGUCAAAAGGUGCAAUGUGCUUAACCCAGCCACUUUGUUUCCAGGCCCUGACGAUGGCGAGCCUCACAACUGUGUUUCGGUCUUGAACCAAGUCUGCACUCCGCGCCCAGAUCUGUCGGAGGUGCCAAUUCCUAACUGUGACCUCGUUCUCUUUGUUGAUGGCUCCGCCUCUAGAGACCCUGCUUCGGGCCGCUGUCAGGUUGGAUAUGCAGUCUGCACCUCUCAUACUGUUUUACAGUCUGGCGCUUUGCCAGGACAUUACUCUGCUCAGGCUGCAGAGUUGAUCGCACUGACCGAAGCCUGUAAAUUGGCUGAAGGGAAGUCUGCUACUAUCUACACAGACUCCAGAUACGCUUUUGGCGUCACACAUGACUUUGGUGCUCUGUGGAAACACAGAAGGUUUUUGAAAUCUGAUGGCAAACCUAUCUUGCAUCAUGAUAAGGUUGCUGAUCUGCUCGACGCAAUUCUGUUACCAGCUGCAAUUGCUGUAUGUAAGUGUCCCGCACACACUGGGGGCACUGAUCCCAUCUCUGCUGGAAACACACGUGCUGAUGCUGCUGCGAAGGCAGCUGCUCGACAUUCCCUUCCCUUUGCUCCCUGCCUCUUAUCCUCCACCUCUACCCAACCUCCCUCUCCUCCCUCUGCUCUCCCUGAUCUUCAGACAUUCUCUACCCCACAGGAACGCAAGCUCUGGCUGACGAAUGGCGCCACCAGUAGCCACGGCGUUUGGUAUGGGCCCGACGGCAAACCUUGCCUACCUAAACACUUUUUCCCUCAUUUCGCGAAGUUGACACAUGGAUUAGACCAUGUAUCAAAGGGGGGAAUGUUAGAUGCUCUUACAAAACAUUGGUACACUAAGGGAUUUUCAAUCUAUGCGCAAAAAUACUGUGAAGCAUGUAUGACAUGCGCCCAACACAACCCAGGUAAGACGACUGCCAAACCACUGGCAGCUCACCCACCACCGGAACAGGCGUUUGACCAUUUAAUGCUGGACUUCAUCGAACUAACGCCGGCAGGAGGUAAAAAGUAUUGUUUAGUGAUUGUUGAUAUGUGGUCAAAAUGGGUGGAGGCCUUCCCAGCUAAACAUGCUAACAGCCAUGCAGUUACCAAAGCCUUGCUGACAGAAAUAAUUCCCAGAUGGGGAAUUCCAUCUAAAAUCAGCAGUGACAACGGCUCACACUUCGCAAACCAAGCCCUCGAGGAAGUGGGAAAGUUUCUGAACAUCGACAUCAGAAAGCACUGCUCUUACCACCCUCAAAGCGGAGGGGCGGGUAGAGAGAAAGAAUGGCACUUUGAAAAACAAACUGGCUAAAUGCUGCUCAGAGACUGGUCUCAAGUGGACUCAGGCUCUUCCCAUUGUGCUCUCAUACAUGAGAAUGAGGAGAAGGAUGAGAACAAACCUCAGCCCGUAUGAGAUCCUAUUUGGUAGACCCCUAUGAUGGGACUCCACCCUGAGACCGAGACUAGGAUUUUACCACCUACUGAAAUGUGCGAAGACGCAAUGCUACAGUACUGUAAGAACUUAUCCUCUGUUCUGUCCCAAAUCUCCAAGCAGGUGAAAGCGGCUCUGCCCAAACAGGCGACAGAACCACUGCACAUCAUUCAACCAGGAGACUGGGUGAUCAUUAAGGAGCUUCGCAGGAAGCACUGGAACUCAAAGCGGUGGCAAGGUCCCUUCCAGGUCCUUCUGACGACCAACACGGCUGUGAAGAUCGCAGAAAGAGCGACUUGGAUCCACUCCAGCCACUGCAGGAAGGUCCCGGAUCCGACAGACGACCCUCCAUCUAUAUCUACACCACACGAGAAACCACCACUGACGAAAAGAACUGAGAAGGACGACCCUCGCUGUGCUCACACAUGCACUGAGGCGAGGCUGCGUUGACCGUUCAGCUAAAGGUGUGAGCCAAGCGCCGCCUGAAGCUGCGCCGGUGAAUCACACUAUCAGACCAUACAUCUACACACACGCUCCUGAGAAAACACACACACGAGCAGCCUUGAGUUGCCAACGCUGGACGACGUGUAGACUCUUCACAUCACGGGAGUGACAGUGACUCAGACGACAUUGGGAGGAAACCUGGCGGUGAUAACGAAUCCCAAGUGUCUCUGUGAUCAGCUGAUCACUACCUGAAGAACUCCAACGAACUGGCAAUACUUCAACACACAGGUUGGAAACAAUCUAACGCUACUGUUCAACAGGACGAAGCAGAUUGUUACGAGACAUCAAUUGUAACAUCGUUGCGUUAGACAUUUUAUGUUACUCUGAAUAUUGCCUUUAUCAUAUGAUGUUUCCAUGUAACUUCACACACUACUUUUGAAGAAGAAAAUUUCACAACACUGAGUUUAAAUAUCCUGAAGUUGACUUGGUGUUUAAUUUGCUCACAAUCACUUAUUCACUGCUACAAAAAUUUUCAUCCUUCAUCUACAGAUGAAAGACAACACAAGCGGCAAUAUGCAUCAUCAUUCUGGUUAAAUCCCUGAAUCUCCUAUUUGCUCUAGACGCAAAUGUACAAUUAAAGAUCCGAAAGCAUGAAAUCUAUCUUAAGAUUAUAUGAUACAGAACCCCACCGGAAACCUAUGGCUAUCAUACAUUAAUUGUAUUUAUUACAUUACGAUUGAAUGGCCGUAGACACGUUGUUAGCAGAGAAAAGAGGCGUUUGUGUUAUGUUUGGAGACGCAUGUUGUACUUACAUCCUGAAUAACACUGAUUCUAAUGGUAUUGUGGCGAAGGCGCUCCACGGCCUUCAGAAUCUCAGCUAACUCUGGUAUAGGUUUUUUUUCCCUUGGAAUUGGCUAGACGAAAUGUCUGGAAAAUGGAAAUCUGUUCUCAUGUCCGCAGCUGUUUCCCUUAUAAUUGAGAUGGCUGUGAUUCUCUUGUUUGGUUUUUGCGUUAUCACACUGGUUAGAGGUCUCAUCAUGCGUGCGACCCCAGCAACACUCUCGUAUCAAAUGACACAAUGCACUAUGUUCAAAAACCCCAACUCUAAUUCACUUAAUGACUUUGACGAUGGUCUUAGGCUAUCGGAUCAAAAAUAUAACAUGAUACAAAUAUGAUAAUGAGCUUAUUUUCUUCACAUGCCAAUACAGAAGUUAUUCUUGUAUACUGUAACUACCCACCAAAACAGUUCCCAACCUUUUGUCCCUAAGUUACUUGCAUUUUAUGUGAAGGUGUAUUUUGAAUCUUGAUGAGUUAAUACCCUUAUUGUUUCAUUUGCAAGGAUCAUUUAUUAUUACAGAAUGUGAUGUUGACAAUUUUUAUUCCUUUAUGGUUUGAUUAAUGUGUAAUCAAAAGGGGGGAGUGUUAUGGGAAAAAUUGUCUCUUCCUUAUUUCUAUGUGUCUUCCUUAUUUCUAUGCAUUUCUAUGCAGUUAUUAUACGAUUUAUGACUUAUGUUCUGCAAUUAAUAUCUUAUGUUUUGUCUUACUGUAUGCAUUUGACAUUUCACCUACAUUGUUCAAUGGUUGUCUCUGCCUGAUAGACUCUCAACUCUAGCUCUAAACCCAAGGUCGGGGAGUUGUGUCUCUGUCUGUUGAGACUUGGUGCUCCUUUCUCACAGAUAGUUGGACGUCAGCAAUGCAGGUGUGAGAAUGUAAAUAUCUUCACACACACUGCGACAGGGAGGAGAUGGUGCAUGUAAUUUGAUUGGGUUAGAAAGACAUUCCACCGUAGUCGGACAGAGAAGUUAAAAGGCAGAAGCAACUUGAGGAUCUUGAGGGCUCUUUGCAUCACGCCUUCGUGGUGUGUGCACUGAUCUCCCCAGCUGGUUUUUGGUUUGUUGAUGUGCACGAUCAACAUCCAUGCUUUUUAUUUGCUUUCCCCAUUAUUUUUAUUUUCUUUACUAUUUCAAUAAAUCGCACAAAAGGACAACUCUCUCUCAUCUACUUCUUUAUGGAAAAUUUCCACCA